GAAAAGCGCUGGAUUUGGAGUUGGGGACCCGGCUCUGAUAUUUACCUGCGCCCUUUAGGCUGGACACUUCCUUUCUCUGGGAGGAUCCAAUUUUGGAGCGGUAUUUCAAAGGCCAUAAAGCUGCAGUGACCAGUGUGGAUUUCAGCCCCAAUGCCAAACGACUUGCCAGUGCCUCUUGGGAUACCUUUCUCAUGCUAUGGGAUUUCAAGCCGCAGCCUAAAGCUUUCCGAUAUGUGGGUCACAAGGAUGUUGUGACCAGUGUACAGUUUUCACCACUGGGAAACCUAGUGGCAUCUGCCUCACGAGACAGGACUGUUAGACUAUGGAUUCCUGAUAGGAAAGGGAAGUCUUCUGAAUUCAAGGCACAUACGGCUGCAGUCCGAAGUGUAGACUUCUCUUGUGAUGGCCAGUUUCUUGCUACAGCUUCUGAGGACAAAUCCAUCAAAGUCUGGAAUAUGUAUCGGCAGCGCUUCCUAUAUUCCUUGUAUCGGCAUACCCACUGGGUGUGCUGUGCCAAAUUUUCAGCUGAUGGAAGACUAAUAGUAUCAUGUAGUGAGGAUAAGACGGUAAAAAUCUGGGACACAACAAAUAAACUGUGCAUCAAUAGCUUUACAGACUCUGAAGGGUUUGCCAACUUUGUGUCUUUUAACCCCAGUGGUACGUGCAUAGCUUCAGCAGGUUCUGAUCAUACAGUGAAACUCUGGGAUAUAAGAGUAAACAAGUUACUUCAGAAUUACCAAGUUCACAGUGGUGGAGUCAACUGUUUGUCAUUCCAUCCUUCGGGCAAUUAUCUCAUCACUGCCUCAUCCGAUGGCACCCUCAAGAUUUUGGAUCUCAUAGAAGGAAGACUCAUAUACACGCUUCAAGGACACACGGGACCUGUCUUUGCCGUUUCCUUUUCAAAGGGUGGCCAGCAGUUCACAUCUGGAGGUGCUGAUGCUCAGAUUUUAUUGUGGAAGACAAAUUUUGAUGAAAUGAACUAUAAAGAUCUUCUGAAAAAGAACAUCAAAAGGUUACAUUUUGACGCCCCACCUCAUCUUCUUGAUAUCUACCCAAGAACUUCUCAUCACCAUGAUAGAAAACCUGAUUCAAUUGAGAUUAAUCCCAAGCUUGAAGUGGUAAAUUUACAGACCUCCGCCCCUCUUGUUGUGGAUAUUCUAUCUUCGGAAUCUUCUAAUUCAGCAGGAAUCCCAACUGCUAAUGAAACCCCGCCCGAUGACAGCAGCCCCCACUUCUUGAAUCCUGCCUUAGCCCCGUCCUCAUCAGUCUGCUCCACGGUCAGCAUGGAGAAGAAACCUGAAGACAAGGGCGACAGCUCCUACGCUGCCCCCGAUGGCCAGAAGAGUGUGCCGUUGGCUGUGACCGAUGCCUUGGAACACAUCAUGGAACAGCUGAACGUCUUAACCCAGACCGUAUCUAUUCUGGAGCAGCGGCUGACGUUGACAGAGGAUAAAUUGAAAGAUUGCCUAGAAAACCAACAGAAGAUUUUUAACAGAGAACAGAGAAGCUGAAUAGAAAUUUGAGUAGACACGUGGCAAACACCUGUUAAUAGGAUCUUAGAAAGGUAAUAGGCAAUACUUCCUGCACUUCCGCAACAAGCAAACCAUUACAGCAUCUCUUAAGUCUGAGCACCAGAGCAAAACCACCCAAAAAAAGAGAAAAACCCCCACACAAGGACUAAUGUACACAUUCACAGGGAUGGCAGUGGAAAAUGCUGACAUUUGGAAUUGUUUGUUUCUACUCACAGUGAUAGAGUUGUAGCUUAUCUAUGAUGUGUAUAAGUGAAGAUGGAUUUCCCCCUUUAUUAAUCACAAUGACAAGUUCUCAUUUAGAAGCUAGAUCCUGCCAGGUUAGGAGCCCACUCUCUGGAUUUAAAUUGGUCACAUCACAUCAGAAGUGAGUCCUUUAAGCAUCAAAUUGGGUUCUUUGGAGAGCAGGACUGAAGGACUCGUUGACCUCCAGAAAUACUUAACAGAUUCAGGGAGUAGGUUACUUGCCUGGCUCAAUAUGCCAUUCACCAUUCCAUUGAGGAUUUUAAUGAAAAAUAAAGCUUCCUUUCUGAAUAACGCCUUGAAAAUACAAUCUAAAAAGGAUAAGCCACUGAGAAUUUCCCCAACAAGUUGACAUCUCUAAGAGGAGACAUGCCUUUUGAGUGACAAAGUUACGCAUGAUGGGUUUUUAUUCUCAUUUGUUGCUGGUGGUCACCCCCCUCUCUCCAAGGAGGCAUAGCUGUCAUUAAGGACGGUGAGAAGGUAUGAAAAUAUGGAAGCAUGGACUUCUUCCCUUGGAAAGAUGAACACACCGCACCAAUCCCUGGAAGCGAGGGUUCCUCACAAUUAUGUUAAUGUGAUUUCAGGAUGCUCAAGAGCCAGAAGACAGCAAGAGGGAUAAAAUAUAUCGCCAUACUACUGGUUAAGAAGGGUGACUUCCGGCUGCUGAAGAGCAAAGCCCUUCUAAAAAAUAACCUGCAGCAGCAGCCCCUAACAAUUUUGUCAUGAAUGGUGGUUGAAGAACCCAAUAGAAAUGAGCCGAGCCUUUCUAAAGAAUCUUGAUUUCAGAUUGCAUUUUGUUUUGUUUUGUCUUUUGUCCUAAAACAAGGUAGAAGAGCAAAGUGAAGAAAACCAGGCAAAUUCUUGAAGCACAUGGGAUUUUUACAAUCAUAUGUUAGCUUGUGUAUUUGGUCACAGUUAUCUGGUGACUGACAUUGACCCUAGGUCAUCUGCAGGCUCUGUUAACCUGUAUCAAAAACAAAGGGAACAAAAAAAAAUCAAUUUACAUUUACAAUGUCUAGAGAUGACUAGGGAAGGGGCUAGACUUUUUUUAAAUGAAGUCCUUCAUUGUGUGUGUACAUAUGUGUGUAUAUGUAUACAUAUAUGUGUAUACACAUACACACAUAUAUAUUUAAUAUUCCUACACCUUAAUUUGAUUUUAUCCAUGAGGUCAAAAGCUAAGUUUUUAGUCAUCUAUUCAUGGGGUGCAUGUACCUUUAUAUCAAACAUGGUGUGAAUUUUUUAAAUGUUUACAAAGAUUAAAUGGUGUGUUUUUAUAACCUCCUUGAGAAAACCAAUUUCUGUUCUCCAUUCUAUUCUUCACACAAUAAAGACUA